UACUUCAAAACGUUAACCCCUUUCGCCAACUACUUCUGAUAAAAGAUCUGCUCUGCGGCCAUAUCGAACGGACAAAAACCAGGAGUGGGUCCGCCUUAUAUCUGGCGGUAAUUUAAACGCAGCGCCACAAGCUAUAGUAGUAACGUACUAACAGUGCUUACUUUGUGAGAAGCCUAACUGUAUCUCUGCAGUGACUAAGAUGACAAUUUCUUGGGUCUCAUUUCUUUGUCUGGGGCUGCUAUAUAUCAGAAACUGUGAAUGCACAAUACUAGAAGAAGCAGACAAGACUCGAAGCUUCGAUCCUUCAGAAGACAGUCAACUUUUAGAAUUACUUAUGGGCUGGACUCUCACCACACCUGCACCACUCUCUAUGACUACAUUACCUCCCCUUGAUAACCUAGGUGGCACCAUCGUACAUAAGGGUUACAGGGAAGCGGGAGACAAUCUAGAAGAUAUCUUUCAACAGGAACCAGAACCUAUCGAAACUGACAACAAUACCCCAGAAAAUUCUCUGGAUUUUAUUCAAGAAAUUUCUCCAUCAGAGAAUAAGAUUGACGAAAUUUUUGAUGACAAGGAUUUCUCUAGUGACAACGAGAAAAGAGCUAUUAGCAGUUUAGGUGGAUUUUCCCUUCAUGGAUACAAAAGAGGACUGAAUUCUCUCGGAGGAUUAAAUCUUCACAACUUUGCAAAGCGGAGGCUUAGCUCACUAGGUGGAAUGUCCCUUCACAAUUUAAAACGCGGGCUUAGUAACCUAGGAGGAAUGGCUCUCCACAGCUAUUACAAACGAGGGUUAGAUUCUUUGGGUGAAUUCGGAUUGCAUAAUUAUAAAAGAGCUCUAAGUUCCCUAGGUGGAUUUUCCCUCCAUGGUUACAAGAGAGGGCUAAGUUCUCUUGGAGGAAUGUCAUUACACGGAGGCUUUAAUAAGCGAGCUCUCAGCAAUCUGGGUGGAAUGUCCCUUCAUGGUGAUUUCAAGAAACGGGGUCUUAGUUCACUGGGUGGCAUGUCUCUACAUGGUGGAUUUUCCAAACGAGGUUUAAGUUCCCUUGGUGGUAUGUCACUUCAUGGAGGGUUUUCAAAGCGAGGUCUGAGUUCCCUAGGUGGUAUGUCACUCCACGGAGGAUUUUCCAAACGAGGUUUAAGUUCACUUGGUGGUAUGUCACUCCACGGUGGAUUUUCAAAGCGAGGCUUAAGUUCGCUGGGUGGGUUUAGUUUACAUGGGUACAAGAGAGGCCUAAGUAGCCUGGGUGGAAUGAAUCUUUACAAUUAUAAAAGAGAUGUGAGUGAUUUAGAUGGUAACAUGCUUCCAGGACUUCCUAACUCGAAACGAGAAUCGAUGGAAACGAUGCCAGAAAAUGUGGAAUCUAAACAUAAGCGAUCUGUUAAUAGUGAAUCAAAUACCAAACAUAAGAAUGUAUAACAUUUUGCAACAUUUUGUUACAUUGUUUGCUUUUAUACAUAUCAAGUGUUGGAAAGGCGCAUAUGUGGGAUAAAUGUUAUGAACAAUACAUUAUAUAUUUUGUUCUCUUUUUCUAUAUAAUAGAGAUGCUUUGCUUUUCCGUCCUCUUUUGGUUUUAGAAUUUGUAUUUAAAAAUUCUAGGUUUUCCAAGAAAGACUUAAAACCUUCGGAAAAGCGAUAUAUGAAGCGAUCUCCGUUUAAGUCUCAUACAAAUAUUACUGGAAUAUAUUUAAAACACUUUGUUCAGCUCAAUUGAAAUUGAAUGUAUGAUUAGAUAUUAUGUCAAUAAAAUCAUAUUUACGACAA